AUGGGGCAGGGUCUGAAUGGGGACCAGGACGGCAUGUUUCUGCCCUAUCUCAGCGGAGCGGGGGGCGGGAUAGCGCUGGCGGAGGAUGCGAAGGGGUCCAGCGCCGGCGGGAGGCUGGACGGCGCGCCCACCGGGCGCAACCUCGCGGGCGCAGCGGCGGUGGGGAUGUCGGACCCGCUGGUGCCGCUGCAGGCGGUGCCCCCCACCCUCGGCGACGCGUCCGACCUGCUGAGGCUGCACCAGCAGCACAUCUCGACGGCGCGCGAGCCGGUCAUCUGGGGCCUUCCCAACAGCGCGUCGACUCUGCUCCCGGCCUACGGCGACCUGUCGGCGCUGCCCUCCGCCACGGACCCUGUCAUGGUGCAGCCGCUGCAGGACUGCGAGGCGCUGCUGAGGCAGGCCCACGACGCCUACCGCUCGGGCAACUACAAUCAGGCCCUCAGCCUCUGCCAGCCGGCCUACUGCGCCAACCCCGACAGGACCGAUGUGCUGCUGCUCAUUGGCGCGAUUUACUACCAGAUGAAGAAUUAUGAGCAGUGCAUCGCCUUCAACGACAGGUGCAUUGUGCUGGACAGGAGCAUGGCGGAGGCCCAUGCGAACCUGGCCAACGCGCUGCAGCAGAUGGGGAACUAUGACAUGGCGAUAAUCUAUUAUCAGUCAGCCAUCCGCUUGAAACCUGGCUUCACUGAUGCAUACAACAACAUGGCCAGCGCACUCGUGCAGAAGGGGUGCAUACCACAGGCAAUGGAGUGCUACAUGACCGCCUUGAGAAUGGACCCUCUUCUGGUGGAUGUCCACAACAAUCUUGGAGACCUCUGGCGAGCCCAAGGCCAGGUGGGCCGUCAGGCUGCACAAAGGUGCUAUUCUGAAGCACUGAGGAUCAACAGGCUAUAUGCCCCUGCCUGGAGGGGUCUUGGGGACCUGUUCAGGGAAGCAGGCAAUUACCAGCAGGCUGUUGUGUGUUACCAGGAAGCCGUAAAUAUCAAACCAAACUAUGCAGAUGCAUACACAGGGAUGGGGGUAUCUCUCAAAGAGCUAAAGAGGAAAGAGGAGGCAGCUGCUUGCUUUGAGGCAGUUGUGAAAUUUCGGCCAACAUGUGCCCUGUCUUUGGGUAAUCUGGCUGGGAUAUAUUAUGACCAGGGUCAGCUCGAUGUGGCAAUCUCAACCUACCAGAAGGCCAUCCAGCUAGAACCCAAUUUCCCAGAGGCCUACAACAAUUUGGGCAAUGCUUUGAGGGAGAAUGGGCAAGCUGAAGAGGCCAUCCGAUGCUACAUGACCUGCAUAAACCUGCAGUAUCAGCGGCCCCACAACCCAGCGAUGGCAGCUGCUUUUCGUGCGAAUCCCCAGGCAGCACAGCAGCAACAGGCCCAGCGCUUGGCAGUGGCCUACAACAAUCUGGGAGGCAUCCUGAAGAUACAGGGCAGAACACACGAGGCAAUCUCAUGUUACGAGCACAUCGCGAUGCUACAGCCGGAGUCCCCUGAAGCGCUUGCCAAUUUGGCUUCUGCAUACAAAGACGCUGCCCGACACGAUGUGGCCAUCCAGUCCUAUCAGAGGGCCCUGUCCAAGCGUGCAGAUUUCCCAGAGGCUUUUGCAAACCUUGUGCACAGCCUGCAGUGCAUUUGCGAAUGGCAGGGCAGGGAUCAACUGUUUGUGAGGCUUGAGCGGGAGGUGAAGAGAGACCUUGCAAACAACCGGCUCCCCCCUGUGCAGCCCUUCCAUGCGAUGGCCUAUCCAUUCGAUGCACAACUCUGCAUCGACAUCGGUCGCAAGUAUGCAGAGCACUGCGCAGUGACUGCGGCGCGUUUGGGCUGCCCCUCGUUGCAGCACCCUCCACCUCGGCCCCUCCAGCCAGGAGAGAGGCUGAGGGUGGGCUAUGUCAGCAGCGACUUUGGAAACCAUCCGUUGUCGCACCUGAUGGGGUCUGUGUUUGGGUUGCAUGACCGUGGCAAGGUCGAAGUGUUCUGCUACGCCCUGUCACCAUCGGAUGGGUCAGAGUGGAGGCAAAAGAUAGAGACGGAGGCGGAGAACUUCCUGGAUGUUUCGUCCUGGAGCGUUGUGGACAUUGCAAUGAAGAUAUCCUCUGAUGGUAUCCAGAUCGCGAUCAACUUGAAUGGGUACACAAAGGGCGCCAGGAAUGAAAUUUUUGCGCUGUUGCCAGCCCCAGUGCAGGCAUCCUACAUGGGCUUCCCUGCAACCACGGGUGCAUCUUUCCUGCCAUACCUCAUCACAGACAAGGUCGUGGCCCCUCCGGAGCACCGGCACUGUUACUCUGAGGAGCUGGCGCUCAUGCCUAACUGCUACUUUGUCAAUGACUUCAAACAGUCAUUUUUGGACACCCUGGACGAGUCGAAGAUGCCUCGGCGGUCGGAUUUCGGACUGCCCGAGGACAAGAUUAUAUACUCAAGCUCCAACCAGCUGUACAAGUACGACCCAGAGACGUUCGACACCUGGUGCAGGAUCUUGAAGCGUGUGCCCAACUCCGUGCUGUGGCUGUUGAGGUUCCCCCCUUAUGGCGAGUCCAAAAUCCGGCAACGAGCACAGCAGAGCGGCCUCGACCACACACGGAUCAUCUUCACAGACGUUGCGCAGAAGCACCUGCACAUCAGGCGGUCGGGCCUUGCAGACGUGUUCUUGGAUACGCCACUGUGCAAUGCUCAUACCACUGGCUGUGACGUGCUGUGGAGCGGCUGCCCGAUCGUCACCCUGCCGCUGGAGAGGAUGGCCUCUAGGGUGGCUGCAAGCCUGUGCAUGGCCACUGGGGUCGGCGAAGAGAUGGUUGUGAGCAGCCAGCAGGAGUAUGAGGAGAGGGCAGUGGAGCUGGGAAUCUGUCAUAAGAAGCGGCUGGCACUGCGGGAGGAGUUGAACAGGCGCAGGAUGACAUGCCCGUUGUUCAACACGCACCAGUGGGUGCGAGACUUGGAGAAGGUGUUUUUGAAGAUGUGGGACCUGCACUGCAGCGGAAAGGGCCCCACGACUUUCGAGAUCGAGUGA